AUGUAUAUUUCGAAAUUUGAUGAUGAUUAUCACCGCCUGGAAGGCUAUGACAUAAAUAAUUUAAUUCAAAUUAUCAAUGAUGUCAAACCACCUGAACGAAAUAUCACUCCAAUUGUGUGGCAAGAAAUAUUUGAAAAUGGAUUUAGAUGCGAUAAAUCAGCAGUAAUUCAUGUGUGUAAAGACUUAUAUUGGGAAUCUGUGGUGAAAACUGUUACUAAAGCAGGCUAUAGAAGAUUUCGGAGGCCUCGAGGUUCAGCUGUAGCUGAAAGACUAUGGACUCAUGGUUCACCAAACACAACAGAUUUUAUCCCAAGGGUUGAAGAACUUCGUUGUCGAAUGCUGAGAAUGACAUUAAAUCCAUUAAUAUGGAUAAUAAAAUAUUAG